AUGCAACAACAGCAACGUGAAUAUGAAAUGCAACAACGUGAAUAUGAGAUGCAACGUGAAUAUGAAAUGCAGCAACGUGAAUAUGAAAUGCAGCAACAACGUGAAUAUAAUAUGGGAAUGGAAAAACAAAGACCUCCGCAAUUAAGUCUAAAUUCUCAAAAGGCACCAUUACGACCAUCAUUAUCACGUCAAAACUCGUACUCAUCAAAUAUUAAUGAUUGGGUAGAGAAUCAAAGAUCACCGCUUAUACAAGCAGAUUCUCCUAGAAGCUCAAAAGAUGCUUCAGAAGAAGAGUGGAUGAGAAGGAAUAGACCUACUACGGCCGAACCUCAAUUACUUGACCCUCGCAGGGAAUAUGAUAGGCAAAGAAGAUCAAAAACGCCAACUCGUGGCGGAGAAUAUGAUAGACGGAGGGACAAUGGUAAUUGGGAGGACAAACAUAAUGGUAUGAACGAUAUGUGGAGCAGAGAUAGCGUGUCCACAGACAAAGAGCAUUUAAGUGAGGGACAUGAGGAAGAUUUUGAAAGUGUCAGCGAAUUUGAGCUUAGUCAAAUGGAUAAUAAAGAAAAAAGGUCUAUGAAUAAACCAGUUGGACGUGUAGUUUCACUUCCACCACCGCCACAGAACUUUGGAGUUACUGACUUUGAAUAUCGAGAAUCUGACAUGGCUAAUUUAAAAGAAAUUGUAGAAAAAUUGGACAUGGAAGAGAAUGGAGAGAGCGCAACAGAAAACUUUGGCGAUGCGGCACUAAGCCGACCAGCAAGCAUUUUUAUUUCGGAAGAUACAUUGAAACAUCUUUCUAAUACUUUAACUGGCGGCAACGUUAAUCCGUUCUACUUGAACCCAGAUGAAAGAUUUAACAAUGGAGAUGAACAAACAUUAACCACUAUACAAGAAGUUGAAACUUCAGAGUUUUCAGAGAUGGAGAAAACUCUGUCCCGAAACAAUCCAAUAAUAAAUAACAAUGGUGUAUUAUCACAUUCAGAGCAGAUACCGGAAAAUUUACAAGCUUUUCCAACAAACGCUGAAAAGGUUAACGAAUCCAUUAAUUCUCAGCCAACUGAAGAAAUAAAUGGAACACAUUCUACAGAGCAACAAACACAAUCCCCGACAUCCCCAGUAAGAAAAGAAGGUGCAUUACCAGGUGCUCGCGAAAGGGCUCUAAAACGUAGUGAAUUCAUGCAAGCAGGACCACCGCUUCCGGCUUCUGUUCAGGAAAGACGACUGUUACUCGUUACUCACUUAGCACGCCUUAAUAACCAUGAUGUAGACAUAAGUCUUUUCCGUAAACUGGCUCGAUUAUCUAAAGAAACACCAUUGUCAGAUAGGAAAACAACAUCAGACAUUUGGGAAAAUGGAGAUAGGUUUUCUGAAUUAUUAACAGCAUUAAUAGGAUUCCUGAGCGAUUUCGAUGAGGCUGCAGAAUUAAGGGAAAAUGCAGUUAUGCUACUUGGCCAAUUACUUACUAACCAGCCGGAUUACGUUAGGGGUUCUGAAGGAAUAGUUUUACGAAUUUUAUUAGAGUGUAGCUCUGAUCCAUCAGUAAACGUUUGCGGUCAAGCGGAAGAGAUUUUAGAGAACUUUGCUCAAAAUGUUGAUUGCAAAGUUGGCUUAUAUGCCUUGAUUGACAUUAUGGAAUCAACCUUAUUAGGUAAUUCUUUGGGUGUGAGUUCUCCUAGUGGUGAUAAUAUGUCUUCUAGUUCGCGGGCAACUAUGAAAAAAUACGCUUUUACGGCAUUAUCUCUACUUGUUAAAAGGUUUGACAAAAAGUCUUUGGAAAGACUAAUUGGUAUAAUUGUUCCAUUAACAAUUAAGGGAUUUAAUGAUCAAAAAUCAGAGAUUCGCAAAGCUGUUGUCGAUACACUUGUUGUAGUAUAUUCAGUUCUCGGAGAUGACAAUACCUUAUUCCAAUACCUCGGUAGCCUAAAUCCUUCACAAAAAAGUCUUCUUAGUUAUUAUUUUGACAAAAGCAAUAAAAAAAAAACUGUAUCUGCUUAA